CCUAGAUGAUAAGUAAGAAUGCCUGUGUGAUCCGAAUAGCAAGAAGAUUCCUCUACUUUAGCAGGAGCGAUCCAUACUUGAAUUCGAUGUGGCAGUCGUGAAGCAUAGGCUUGCCUCGGAUAAUUUUUGAAUUAAAAUAUGAUCGGAGAACAAAGUACCUGUUCAAGGUUCUCUAACCGGCGUCGUGCUAAUCUAUAUCCUCUCUCUGUAUAUAAGUCGACUCUGGGCUUCCGUCAGUAACGGGGUCUGAUGGUUGAUUUAAUGUGCACCUAAUGGUUUGCACUCUCUAUUUAAUUGAAUAACACAGGACGCACCUUUUUUACACCAUUCUUUCUGUUUUUUGUAGCUCGUGAUUACUUCGCUGUCUUCAACAUGCAUCCCCUUUGGCCCUACUUGCCACCUACUUCAUCUCGUUCAGAGAUACCACGACGGGAUGUAUUGUCACCCGCAAAUGUGGCACCUGCUAGAUCACCGUUACCAGAGAGUAUGACUCUAUUACAGGAAUUCCAACAAGAUAUUGCUCAUGCCAAAAGAAUGGCGCCGCCCCGUUCCACGGCCGGGUUGUACAGAAUUGCCUGUUCGGUGGAAUUACUGUUUCUUAUAGACACGACCGGGUCUAUGAAACCAUAUAUAGACGCUGCCAGGAAGCAAGUCCGGGAUAUAGUUGCCGAAGCUCAAAAAGCUUUCCUCGAAGAAGCCCUACUCCGUGUUGCAGUGGUAGGAUACAAAGACCAUGCAGAUAUCCCCAAUAUUCAAUUCCUCGAUUUCACUCCAGAUACGGUUAGAGUGAAGCAGUUCUUAGAUACUCUUGUCGCUGCGACUGGGGGCGGUGGCGACUCAGCUGAAGAUGUCCUCGGCGGCAUUCGACAGGCAACCAACGCCAGUUGGUCCCAGGAGGCGCGUUGUAUCGUCCAUAUCGCCGAUGCGCCUCCACAUGGUCGUAAUCUGCACGAUAUGACGGGUAGCGGUAGAGAUUGUUAUAUCGAGCCUGGGAGUGAGCCGCAUCGGCUCACCUAUGAGCCACUCCUCAACCAGCUAGUCCGUCUGAAUAUCAACUACGCGCUACUACGUAUCAGUAGAGAUACGGAUCGAAUGGCCUCAGCCUUCUCGACAGUAUACAAGACGGCCCACGCGGAAGUCCAACUCCACCAGUCCAACCGCUAUUACGGGGACUUCCAAGCCGGUAAAGCUUUUGGGAGUAGGGCGUAUGUGAAGAACAGUGUUGCUGCGGUGUUGCAAUUCGAGGAGCUAGAGCUUGGCACGACGUUCCACUCGCUCAAACAUUUAGUAGGCAAAUCCAUCAGCAGCUCAGUAUCUCGGACAGUAGGUCGUUUAUCGAGUUACGGAAAUGUGACUACUGGCAAACGUACGAAACCGCCAGCUCGUCUUACUGUCGUUGGUGAGGAGGAAAUUCCCAUGAUGGUUCCCGUGGAGAACCUUUCGCCACAAUGGGACAACCAUGGCUGGUUCGAUAAGAGACUAGUAGUCGAGGGCCUAUGUCCGGACUUGGUUAUGCACAGCGCCGCUACGUUUUAUGAUAUGAUGACACAAGACGACCAAAUGGGACUCAGUCCCAUCCAACUAGUCAUCGAAGCGCGAUCGAAGCCAUUUAGUCAAGGUGCGAUGCGCACAGCAGCUUAUGCGCGCAUACCUUCCUCCACCGGCCGUUUUGUAGUGAAGUCUUUCAAGAAGCAGGGCGCGCAGAUUGCCAAUUUGGCGGAGCAUAUGCAGUGCCAGGCUAUGUGCAAAGCAUUUGCGAUCGAGUUUAAUGCCUUGUUAGGUGGCCUGUAUCGCGAAUACUCCAUUGACUUCAUCAUAACAGCGGCAUUGACAAGCAAGUCGUCCACGGGCGUCCGACAAGAGUACAUCUCGCUUGAGCCCUACAUCAAUGGAACUUACGUCAAAUAUAACGGCAACCAAGGCUAUGUCAAUGAUAAUAAUUUCGACCCAUCCAACCAGGCGGCACAGGCGUUCUCGCACUUUACUUUCGAGCGCUCACAGGGUCAACUUUUGGUCAACGACUUGCAAGGUGUAGGCAACUUACUAACUGAUCCUGCUAUUCAAACGAAGGACAGAAACAGAUUCAAGCUGUGUGGUACGAACUUGAAUGAGGAAGGUUUCAAGUUCUUCAUGGCUACGCACAAUUGCAACCAUCUAUGCCACUUGCUACGGUUGAGGAGCAAUAAAGCAAUGCUCAAGGAAGGCGGUAUUUUGCAGUUUAGGACGUACUGGCCGAACGUGGAGAGCAUGAACUACUGCUCCAACAAACUAUGCCGCCGGAUCUUGCACAACGCCGCCGAUAACAAGUCGGCUAUAUACCCAGGUUACUGGUGCGAUUCGUGCAAGCCGCAACUAUAUUCAACAAUAGAAAAGAGGAUAUGCCUAGAACUUGGUCAGACGCAUAGACAUGAUCUUUCUAAGUUCUUCCACGAGUCUCAAGGUGAAGCACUACCGUCUAAGUGCCCUCUUCACCCUAACGCAGACCUAAUUGAGCCUAGACCUAUUGGAUUCGGAUUUCCUCUUGGAUUUUAUCUUUAGAAAGAGUUAAUAAAAAUGUUUAUGUUUUCCACACGGAGUGUUUUAUAUCAAAAGAAUUGCAACCAGUGACAUGACGAAAUGACGACGAACUAGGGUAGCCCUCCCUACAUCCCCUACGC